AUGAUAGCUUAUUCGGAAGAGCUCCUCGAGCUGAGUCGAGUGACACCAAAAUUAUCGCGAUCUAGCAAGAGUGGGCAGAAUUACUUUCGCUUGUUUAAGCUCCUUACCUAUUGUUUAAAUAGAGGUUAUUGUUGCUGGUGUGCUAACCCCCGUGGCCGCACUAAAAGUUAUUCGACCAUAAAUUUAAUUGCUCGUAACUUUGUUAAGAAUCAUCGAAUCGACCAAAUUUUGAUGUCAUUCGACUCAGCUCGAGGAGCUCUUUCGUAUGAUUUAUCAUUUCCAUGAAUUUUUUACCAAAGAGUGAGCUUAAUCUCCCUUCUCUUUUCCAAUUUUCACAAGUCCGAAACUCGAUCCCGGACACAAACUCGAUCUCGAAUGAUACCUCAUUCUACCAAAUCAGUCAAGAAGUCACAAAAGCCAUUUUAUUUUUCAAUUUUCAUUUAUUU